AGGCACAGGGCAGGAAAUGGCGGGAGGGAAGCGGAAGACGUGGCUGUGGUCUAGAGGCUGUGGUCCAGAUUGGCCGAAAGGGGAGCCGUUCAUUUCCUUGCAAAGGUCAUCAGAGUCCUGGUCCCUCCACAAUGUGGCUUCUCCUCAUCUUCUCCCUCUUGCUGACGGCUGCAGCCGCCGAGAGCGAUGGCGACAAGGUGAUGCGGGGCGAGGAAUGUGAACCCCACUCCCAGCCGUGGCAGGUGGCUCUCUUCGAGCGCGGACGCUUUAACUGCGGGGCGUCCCUCAUCUCCCCGCUCUGGGUGCUGUCGGCUGCGCACUGCCAGACGCGCUUCAUGAGCGUGCGCCUGGGCGAGCACAACCUGCGCAAGUACGAGGGCCCCGAGCAGCUGCUGACCGUCUCCCGCGUUAUCCCGCACCCCAACUACAAAGCCCGCACCCACAACAACGACUUGAUGCUGCUGAAGCUGAGCCGCGCGGCGCGCCUCACCCCGCAAGUGCACCCCGUCCCGCUGCCCACGAAGUGCCCCCGGCCCGGGGAGACCUGCGUGGUGUCCGGCUGGGGACUGGUGUCCAGCAGCAGGCCCGGGGCCCCGGGAAGCCCAGGGUCACAAGUGAGCCUCCCCGACACGCUGCACUGCGCCAACAUCAGCGUUAUCUCGGACGCGUCGUGCAGCAAGGACUACCCGGGGCACCUGCUGGACACCAUGGUGUGCGCAGGCGUGAAGGGAGGAGGCACCGACUCUUGCGAGGGGGACUCCGGGGGACCCCUGGUCUGUGGGGGCAUCCUGCAGGGCAUCGUGUCCUGGGGGGAUGUCCCCUGCGACACGACCACCAAGCCUGGUGUCUACACUAAAGUCUGCCACUACUUGGAGUGGAUCAAGGAAAUCAUGAGGAAGAACUGACUGUCCCUCCCACAACCUGUCCUGGCUGAGCAGAACCCCCACCGCGGCCAGCACCCCUGUCAUCGUCCAGACAGAACUGCACCAUCCCAAAGCCCAGAUGUUGGCCAAGGACUUGUUUUGUCUGAGGCCAGACCUGGUGCUCAAGGUCACCUGUUUACCCCAAGAUAACAGAGAGCACUGAUGCAAAUUUCUCUCUAGGAGUUUCUGUGGAUUUUUUCUGGGCAUGACAUGGAAGUCAGAGGCUGGACACCAUUCCUUGACCACUGUCCUGGUCCCUAGGUGAGCAGAAAUGGCUUGAGCAAGGCCCUGUUCAUCCAACACAUAAAGCCAUCCGUGUGCUCUUAAGCCUGA